AAAUGCUAAGUGGCGCGCGCGAAGCGCGCGCAAUGUUGUGUUCUAGUACUAAUAAAAUAUAUAAAUGACAUUUAUGCGCAACUUGUAGACAAAUUUAUGGAUUUCAUCUAAUUUAUAUCAAAAUAGAAAUCAUCGUCCAUUCUUUAAAUUGAAUUAUGAUGUUCUACUAGUAUUUAAUUCUACUUAAUUACAUUUAAUUACAAAAGAUACUUAUGUUACUAUUUGUUCUAGCAAUGACCUAUUAGAUGCACCUACUGUUAACAUGAAUGAACGUCGGCGAGCUAUUGCACUUACUGCGAUUACUCUCAGCAAUGAAUUUCUUCGUUGCCAUGUAUUUUUCGAUUCAGAUAGUGAAACCAGUGAUGAUUCGGAUUUAGAUGAAGGAGAUAUAAGAAGACGAGUUGACUUACGUGGAGGUCAACGGAAGCCUCCAAGAGUGAAAAAUUAUGUUGAAAUAACUGUACCAAUAUUUAAUGCACAGCAGUUUAGAGACCGGCAUUUUCGGAUGACGUAUGAAAAUUUAGAAGCAAAGCUCAGUCCUGUUCUCUCUUUAUCUUAAGGAAAAGCUGUAAUUCCAGUGAGAAAGCAAUUAUUGGGGUCGUUGUGGUUGUUGGCAACACUUGAUUCAUAUCGUUCUGUUGGUGAAAGAUUCGACCUUGCUAAAAGUUCGUUAAGUAAAAGUUUCAUGAGAGUCGUUGCAUGUUUGAAUGAUAUAUCAGGCCAAAUCAUUUUAUGGCCAAGUGGACAAGAACUUGAUAGAGUGAAAACAGAUUUCAAUAAAAAUUCGUUAUUACGAGGCAUUAUUGGUGCCAUUGAUGGCACACAUAUUCUUAUAAAAGCGCCUAAGGUUGACUCCCAAUACUGUAGAAUCUAUAAGAAAACGUAUGCCAUAAUUUUGCUGGCAGUCUGUGAUGCUCGUAUGAAAUUCACUGAUUGUUUUGCAGGAUUUGCAGGUUCAGUUGGAAACGUAAGAGUUUUCAGAAAUUCCGAUUUAUAGAGAGAAAUUCAAAUAGAUAAACAAUCCUUUUUUUGAAAUGAUGAAUUUAUUAUUGGUGACAAGGCAUACCCUGUUUUAACAUGGUGUAUUUCCCCGUAUAUUGAUCAUGGUCAACUUACAGCUGUAAGAAAUUUUGUUACUUAUUUUUAUUAUAUUAUUUCUUGUAAAAUUGAUUUAAAUUUACACAUUUUUUAAUUUCUCUUCAGGCCCAGAAAAAAUUUAACACCGUUCUUUCAUCAAAACGAUCGGUGAUUGAACGUGCAUUUGCACUAUUAAAAGGUAGAUUUCGUAAACUAAAGUUUCUUGAUAUGAAUGUAGAUGAAAUGAUUCCACAUGUUAUAAUUGCUUGCACAGUAUUGCAUAAUAUAUGUCUGGAUGGCAUUAAUGGAAAUGAUGUAGAAGACUUUAUACAGGAAGGUAUGGAAAUGGACAUUGAGGAGGCUUAUGUUGGAAAUAUACCUAAUGAAGAAGCGAAAGAAGUAAAACGUGAAUAUUUGUGCACUUGUCGCUGAAGCUUAAUAUUGACACACAAUUUAAUAAUUAUUUUUAUAAGUAUACAUAAAAAUAAAAAAAAAAUAAUUCAGUAUGUAAUAGAAGAAGAUCCGUUAUUGCACCAAUGUAGAUUAACUUUAGUUCAAAUAAAAUAAUUUGUAUUACAUUUAUUCAUCUGGUGUAUUUCAGAAAAUCACAUUUUCUUUGAAAAAACAAAUUUUUUAGUAAAGUUAAUUAUUAUAUUUUAGCAAAGAAAAUAUGAUUUUUUGAUAUGUACCAGAUGAAUGAAUGUAAUACAAAUUAUUUUAUUCUAAUACUUUAGAAGUAGAAAAAAAUAGUCUCAUAUCAAUCUCUAGUCUCAUAUGGGCUUAAUAAAAAACCAAACUAUGAAUCCCAAUCAAAGAAUAAUAAUAAAAAAGUAGAUGUUUUAGUUCGUAUAAACAUUCAUUUUUAUAGUUGGCGCAUUUUCUUCAUAUUAUUUCUUUUGUAGAGAAAACAUCUUUUUUGAAAAAGACAAUUUUGUUAAAAUUUCACACAUUUAUAGUGCCAAAUUAAAA